AUGAUUGCUCGUGAAUUAUUAGAGGUAUCAAAGGUGUCGAUGGAGACUCCGAUACUAAUUUUGGGCUCUUCACGAACGUUAAGAAUGGUAUCAGCAUUAUUCAAUCUGGUUCAAUUGACACUAGGUACCAUUUGUGUUGGGAUGGCUACGUGGGACAUGAAGCUCAACUUUACAGAGUUGAUAUUCCACAGUGGCGUGGGGAUUUUCAAAAAAAUUUCAGAUAACCGCACUGGGUUCCUGAGCUCGAUAUUGAAGUUCACAACUUGGUUGCCCGCCGAUGAAUACGCUCGUACAACGAUGGAUCAACUGACUGGGCGGAUUCUUCUAAUUGCAAUUACAUCAUUCUUCGUGAUUGCUACAUACAUUUUUUUCGUUUGGUACAUAGCAUCUUUACUGUCUGGGACAAUGACACGAAGUACACUCAUUAACGAGGUGAUCUAUCACUCAACCGGUUUUGCGGCGCACUUUUUAGCCUCAUCGAUCCUUUUUAUGCAAAUUGAAGAUGUAGGAAGUGACUACUACAUGAAUCGCGGAACGAUGUUGACUUUGGCGGCGAUGGUUAUGGCCAACUCCAUUUUGUAUCUCAUGGGAUUCGGGUUGACUCUGCUGCUUUGUAGACGAAUUAAGUAAUGCGGCCAAAAUGUAAUUCAUGAUUGAUAGACUUGCAGUGGAUUUGCAGUUCAGAGAACUUUCCAUUGAUCUCUACCGAUACCUAUAUACCCAUAAUAUUGAUAUUCAAUUCA